AUGGGCUGUGCUCUCUCCGUGCCGGCAGGUUUCAACGAUACCGGCGAAGCAUUACAAGCAUCUGUCGGUGCUGAUGCCCAGCACGAUCCUGCACUCCACCGACACCCUGACGGUGUUGCGGCUGGACGCUCCGGCCUUGCGAGGGACUUCAUCCACCAGGGGGCACCUCACGGUCCGCCACCGCCUGUCCCCGUGCAGGUUGCCAUCGACAACACCACCCAGCAUACAAGGCCUGUUACUAUGCAAGCAUCGCCUUUCUCUGUGUGGGUGGGUGCUCCCUUUUAUGUCCCAGAGACCCUUCAAUUCCAGCUGCCUAUGCCCUGUGACAUUGAGGAUGCACUUGAUGCUACUGAGCGGCAGGUCAGUCACCUUAAGCUCGAAGGUUGCGACAGGGCAAUCGCGGUGAGGCCCCAGCCCUUUCCCACAUGCGCCGCCAUCGUGAUCGCACCUGACUGGUCCACCUACUCCUCUCUUUCUGUCGUUUGUUUAGAUCUGCGGGAUCUUGGCGACACCACAGAUGGACCCGUGCUUGUGAGUUAUGUCACCAGGCCUACCUGCCUUGCGGAACUCUGCAGAGAGGCUAGUGUCCACGAGCCCCAUCGAUGCAAGGUGUACAUUGGCAGCGAGACUGCCCCCCUCCAUGAGGAGGAAGAGGUGAGUCUCGCCAGCGGGUGUCUCGUAACCUUCAUGCGUGCUGAUAGGCUGCCGUGCCACGCAAAUGAUCUGCAGUACCGUUUGCAAUUUCCAGACACAUGGCGGACGGAGCCGCGGUUCCCAGUGGGACCCGCCAUCCGUAGCUCGCUUUUGCUGUUGCAUUCUAGUGGCAGAUACCUGUACAGGCCUCAGGCUGCGCAUGAUCCGGGUGAUGUUUCUGCUGCCCGCUUCGUCGGUGUCGACAGGGCCUCCGUCGACUUUCACACGCCUAUUGAUGGCGGCCUCGAGCGUGUUAUGUACCGAGGCAUUCGUGUGCGAGGGGUAUUGGCCCUUGCCGACCACCUCUUUGAACACCAGUUUGUGGUCUUUCUCGACCUGCGACAAGUCGCCGAAGGAGUUCAAUUCGUCGUCCUCGAUGACGAGGACGACGAUGGAGGGGAUGACUCUAGCGACUCCGGGAGUGAUCCUACUGACCGCCACUCCAAUGCAACCUUCCAGGCUGCCCUUCAUGCCAAGCUCCUUUCAGAGCCGGCCCCCAGUAAUCGAGCCUCAAGGGAUCGCCUUCAUGCCCUCCGCAACGCCACUGAGCUGCUAGGUGGUGAGUGGCGCUACUUCACUCCCAACACCAGGCUUCAUGCAGGCUUGCCUGAGUACCAGGAUCCCUCUUCAGAUGAGGAUCAGGAAGCGAGAAGCCGCCGGGCUUCAUUUGUCAUUUGCACACCAGGCUACACGCCCGAGCUCCUUGUCUUUGAGGUCCAGUUCCCAACAACAUUAGCCGAUCUCAUCCCUAGCCUUCGAAGGGGGAGACAAGGUGACCGAGACCAACGCUUCCCACACAUUGUUCCCGCUACCCCUCAGCCCAUUGAUGGAACCGGGGUCUUUUUGGCUAUGCCGCAUUGGCUCUCUGAUGCACGAGUUGUUUGUGUUGAUGCUACCCGACUUGACGGCAGGCUGUAUGCUACUCAGGCACCUGCUUAUGCCGACCGGGACACACUCAUUGAUCUCGCUGGGGCCCACGGGCUCGACGUAGCCGUUUAUGCGGGCCUGGGUCAGGAGCCCGUCCCCGAAGGGACCCUCAUUCAUCUCGUCGCAGGGGCUACCAUCACUGUGCUUGCUUCGAAUGCAGAACCGCCCAUGCUUUGGGACCUCGGCCAACUCCUUCUUGAUGCCAGUCAAUGGAGUUCUCGCCCCCUUCUUGCAUACCCUGAGCCUACAGAUGCUUAUUGCCUUGUUAGGGAAGCACAUCACCAGAUGUUCCGGGCCGAUCCCAGCCGGCCUACGCAUUACCGACGCCGCCUCGCAGAGGUUGUCGAUGCCCAGGAAAGCUCCAUCACUGUCACUCCGGCGGCCCCGCGAGUCGCUGACAUUGACAUUGCGGGUAUUCCCUGUAGGACUGCUGUGGCUGUCUCUGUGCGCCCACGCGGUCCUGCCACGCCACACCGUUCUGAUGUCCUUAUAGAUGGACGGCCGGUCUUCGAAGGCUGGUUCUUGUGGCCUGCGCACUCGGGCCGGGUUUUCGUGCCGGAUCUGCUUGCGCACUUCCGGCACCAUGUACCGACUGGCUUCACUGUUCACAUCAAGCAGGAGCCCCAGCACGGAGUAACCAUGCAAGUACACGAAGGCGCCGUCAUUGUUGUUGACUACGCCCCAGUCAUUGAGGUUGCACCAACUGCAGCAACUGAUGCUACCGCAGCCGAUCGGUCUCGAGGUGGCGCCAGCCAGAGACGUGUGAGCUUUGCUGCCGACCCUCUGCAUCCCUCUCCCGACUCCUACCCCGCGGAGAGGCAAACAAGCACAGGCGACCACCACGAGGCAGGGUCUGCCUCCACAGCUGCUUCGGAAGCCGCCUCCAGUACUUUCCGGGCGGUUUUUCUCGUCUUCGCGCCAAGUUACCUUCCUGAGUACAUCGAGCUAGACCUCCGUGCUCCUGUUGCACUCCAAGAAGCUCUCGAGGAUAUCCAGGCUGCUAGGUUGCCAGCCUAUCGAGAGCGCUUCCCGCAACUCCUUGCCGUUACCCCCCAACCAGACAUGGCUUACGGCACCUUGAUUGCUGCACCAGCUUGGCCAAUCUCGGAGGUUUUAGUUUACUUCGACCUCCGCGAGGUUGACGAUAGAUACUUCGCCCUAAGUGUGCCGGUCAGGAUGACCUUCGGGUCCCUUCUCACCGUUGCCGACUUGCCAGCUACCUCCGAUGUUGUUGUCUACAUCCGGGAUAUGCCAUGGCCCUUGGGAAGAGAGGUCCCCAUUGAGUUACUGUCCGGAGACUUGAUUCUCUUCGUCCGUCCGGAGCAUGCAAUUGUAGUCCAUGCCAGUCUUCCUGACAUGUUACAGCAACCUACCGGGUGGAUGUCUGAGCCCGACAUCCCAGGUGAAUACGGAGACCGCAUCUGGCUUGUGACCGACCAUGAGCCCGUUCUUUUCGAGGUUAACAGGCGCAGGCUGCAGGCCUUUAGGCAGGACAUUGCUGCGGCUCUCGACAUCUCCAGCAACACUUUGCGCCUGCAGCCGGUCUGGCCCAGCAUUCUCACCUUCGCUGCACGCGGCCUCCUCGUCCGCUCGGUCUUGAUUGCUGUCGAGUCACCUCCCCUCCCCGAUGAUGGAACGGAAGGCUGGAUUGUAUGCCUGCUCGAUCUCCGGCCGAUCCUGCUAGGGCUGGUUGCUGCACAUGCUCCUGAUGGCAAGUAUGACAUCUCUGGCCUCUGUCGUAGGCUUCAGGGUUUCUGCCCACAAGGCUUCGAGGUUUCCGUGCUGGGAGGGCACCCAAGGGCAGACGGUGAGCCUGGCGUCCGCACUGUCUUCGCAGGCGAGGUUCUCCAGGUCAGUUUUGUAAGGCCAGGGACCGCUGCACCUACCGAGGUGCAAAAUGUCGCUGCCCCAUCUUCCGAUGGGCCCAGUGCAAGCGAUGCGGGCUCCGCUCCACACCAGCAUCUGCAGGCCCGCUCCGUUGGGCCAGACGCCGCAACUCAGGGUGCUCAGGGAGCUCGUCUGAAUCCUCCUUCCCGCCGCCCUGCACAAAGGCAAGCAAGCAGAUCAACCGCAUCGCGGGACACUGCCGUCCCAGCUGUCUCAAACGCUGACUGUCGCGCUACAAUUUCUGUCGGGAUUGCGCAGCUCACGUGGCGCUCCGGGAUUUUUCACAACAUUGCCCCCCCCUCGGGCACCCGGAACCUCACCUCUGUGCUCCCCUCUCCCUCACCGCUUCAAGGGUCCCUGAAGGACCCGUCUGUUGGCAAGCGCCACUCCCAUACCCUUGCAUCUGUGCCCAAGAGUUUCCGGGUUCUGCUCCUCGCGGCCUGCCUUUGCGUGCAGCCGGGCGUUACUGUUCAGCUAGUUACAAGGCACCAUGUCCUUCCAGGCGAAGCCUUACCUGCCGGACCUCCCCCAGAUACGCCAGCGCGGACCUCCGGCGCACCACAAAGAGUCGACAAGUUCCCCCCGACUCUUCAGAAACAGAGCGGGGAUGCCGAGUGCACGGGCCCUUUUCCCAGACCAAUCCCUACCCCCUGCCGUGCGGUUGGGGAUCGUUUCCUCCACCUGCCGCCUGGGCCACUUGCCCACGGCGACCCCACGUUCGUGCAGAAGAUAGUUAAGGACGACUCUCAGAUCGGGGAUUGCACAGACGGCCUCAUCACUCUCCUGUGGGAAGCCGCAAAGGACCCUGAAUGCCAAGCUUUUAUGCUCGCGAGCACACUCCUUGAUACGUGCUUUGAGCAUUUCAGUGCCCCGGGCUCCCCCUCGCCCAAGCUUCGCCUGAUCCUCGAUGACCGAGUCCCAGAGCCGUCUUGCCAUCCUGCGCAGCCAAACUGUUCUUUUUGGUCUCAGCUUGAUGAGCCACUUCCCUGCAUGCCGUGGACACCAGCCGACCUUCCAGGUCUCAUGAGCCAGCCCCCUCAGGAGCGUCUUGCAAUCGGCUCUUAUCAAGUGCCCUGCACCGCACAACAGCUCAAGGAUUUCCUAAUGCCAGCCUGCACCCUCGGUACGGGAUGGGACAUUGUGCUCGCCAUCCAACAGAGGGACCUUCAAAAGCAGCGUGCUCUCGACCUCUGCCCUCAUGAUUUCGAGUCGAGUGAUCUUCACUGCUUCACUGAUGGCUCAUACACUGCAGCCAAACCGGGGCGUGCUGGCUCCUGCACAUGGGCAUGUCUUUUUGUGUGUCCGCUCUCUGGCAAACAUGCAGCUGUUUCCGGCCAGGUCCCCCCUUGGGCCCUGCUUGAGGAUCGGCCUUCUGCUUAUGUGGCCGAGUGCUACGCCUUGGUCGUUGCGGCAUGGCUUAGCCUUACCCGCUUCUUCCAUUUGCCCACGGUCCUACGCUCUGACUGUACUUCCGCCAUUGGGGUCUUUCAGGGGCGGUUUGUCGGGGCACCAGUUGGCGUUGCAGCAGUUCUACGUAGUCUAGGACUCUUUGGAUCCGAAUUCUCGCCGCACCCCCCGAGAGUUGCUCAUGUCGCAGGCCACCAGGGUUGCCUCGGUAACGAACUUGCUGACUGCCUUGCUAGAGGGGCAGCUCUCGGCCGAGAUUGUGGGUGUCUGUUUUGGUCUCAUGAUUCCGCCAAGCCGUGGUGGUUCCAGGGGGGUUCCGCCCUUAGUUGGGCAGCUGUUGCAGUUGCGAGCCUGUCGGCACAGGGGGUCUACCCUGAACCCGCUCCAGCUGCUGUGCCGCUAUGCUGGGAUGGGCUUGGUCUUGAGCCAACUCAACUUGUUGCUCCCUUCCUCCCAGAUGAGGCACUCUCUGAGACGCAGGGCAAGCAAUACACAUGGGGACGCCUAUCCCUGAGAGUCUGUUCUUUCAACGUGCUUUCUCUCAACAGCGCCACGCUUGAGGGCAAUCAGGCAGAGGGUCUCGCGUUUCAGCCCGCACGCCCUACUCUUCUUGCAGAAAGCUUCAAGGCUGCUGGCAUCCACAUUGCGCUCCUUCAGGAGGCGAGAACCCAGGAGGGCGUGCUGCGCACCCAAGGCUAUCUCCGCUUUUCCUCAGGCAGCCUUAAUGGCACGCUCGGAGUUGAAGUUUGGCUUCUGGAGAAUCACUCGCUCUUUUGCGGACCUGACGGCCAGAAGAAGCUCCGCCUAACCUCCCAUGCGUGCUUGGUCUUGCAUAGCGAUCCGCGCCGCAUGCUGUUACUCUUCCGCCAAGAGGGUUUUAGCCUACUUGUUGUGUCAGUCCAUGCGCCGCAUCGAGCGGUCGAGCAGAGCGUGAUCGCCGCGUGGUGGGCGGAAACCCAUAGGCUGUGCAGCGUGCAUGCACACUCCGCCCUCCUGCUGUUGGGAGGGGAUAUCAACGCCUCUCUCGGCUCUGUCACUUCCGCUGCUGUUGGCAGCCAUGACCCGGAGCCACAAGACGACUCCGGCGCACUCUUCGCUGACUUCUUGCUUUCUCAGAAACUUUGGGUGCCGAGCACGUUCUCUUUCUGCCACCACGGCCCUUCUGGCACAUACGUGCAGAAACGCAACGGGGCCAUGAGUCGAAUCGACUUCAUUGCGUGCCCUUCAGAGUGGCGCUCCGGACAAAUCAGCACCUGGACCGAUGAGACUCUGCACACCGGCCAGGCGUACAUUGAUCAUCUUGCGACCUGCGCGCAUUUUGACCUUACCGUCUGUCUACACGGCCGGCCGAAGCAGGUUCAGAAACGCAGGUUUGACGGCUACGCCAUGCUUACGCCUACCGGCCAGGCCCACGUUGAGCGCAUCCUGAGGGAUGCGCCCCGCAUACCUUGGACUGCAUCUCCACACGCCCACGCAGCUACUCUUGUCCACUACCUGCAGAGGGAGCUCGCCUCGGCCUUUCCCCAUCGCAAGGACUUCCGCUACCGCCCAUACCUCAGUGAUGAAACUUGGGCGCUGCACAGGGAGGUUACGCACCUCCGAAAGCACUGCGUCGGCAUUAAGCGCGCACUUGCUUUCCACCUACAGGCUGCAGUCUUCCAAGCUUGGAAGCAAGCAGACGGCAGUCCUCUGCUGCACAUGCUUAACUCAGCUUGGACUCGGGAAGCCCAUUUUGCCGGUGCUACUCAAAGCCACUUCCUGAGUGUUUCCUCGCAACGGCUAAAGGCCGCCUGCAAGCGAGAUAGAGCUGCUCAUUUCAGCUCACUUGCUGAUGAUGUGCAGCAAGAUCGGCCGCACGCCAGCAAGGCCGUCCAGCGACUCUUGGGUUUACGUCGCAAGAAACCUUUCAGUCCAGAGGUUCUCCCUGCUCUCUGCAAUACAGAUGGCAGUCGAUGCCAGACCCCAGAAGAAGUCAUCUCUCGAUGGAGGGAACACUUUCGUGAGCAGGAGGACGGCUAUGACAUCUCGCCGGCAUGUCUGUCGAAUCUUGGGGCGACUCCAGGCCCUACCAUUGCGCCAGACUCCCUUGAGGAACUGCCGUCCCCGGAUGCCCUACUGCAGGUUGUCGCGUCCUCGCAAAAAGGUAAGGCUCCUGGCCCUGAUGGGAUACCAGCCGAAGUUGGACAUGCUUCACCGCAAGGUCUUGUGAAGAUUCUGAUGCCCCUUCUGCUCAAGCUGGGACUCACUUGCGUCGAGCCUAUAGGCUUCAAAGGGGGCACACUCACGAAGCUCUACAAAGGCAAGGGCGACACGGCCCAUUGUGCCAGCUACAGGGCCAUCAUGCUCCUGCCCACUUUGGCUAAGUUCCUGCAUAAAGCCUUCAGACCUGGGCUUUACGAUGUCUUCAAGAGCAAUGCCACCCCGGCCCAACUGGGCGGGCUCAAAAACACUAGUGUCGUCUUGGGGUCCCACAUUACUCGUGCCUUUGGUCGGUUCUGUGCUGCGGAAGGCUUCACCAGUGUUCUGCUCUUUGCCGAUGUGGCAUCUGCCUACUAUACGGCUGUCCGUGCCCUCACUGCGAGAAAGAGUCAGGAGUCGGAUGCCAGGGAAGCCGUUUACAGACCCGACAAGGAGCAUCUUACCGCCGAGCUUUCAAAACCCUCUGCUAUGGCCCAGGCUGAAGCAUCCCCGUGGAUUGAAUCCCUGACCGCUGAACUCAACCGCAACACUUGGAUGUGUCUCGCGGGAGAUGUGCAACCGGUUGUCACAAGACAAGGCUCGCGCCCGGGGUCUAGCUUUGCCGACCUCUUCUACGGGGUGACAGUCCCUCGGAUCCUUCAGUGGAGGGAUUCGGCCCGCCUUGGCAGUGAGGCAUCCCUCCCAGCAGUUGAGCAUGCCCCUGUUGUUUGGUGGGACGGUUGUUUUGACUUUUCCGAGCCCAGCACUGACCCGUCGGUUUGGACUUCGGCCGCUACACUUGAAGAUGUUAUAUGGGCUGAUGACCUUGCCAAAUGCAUCGUUGUCCGGGACGCUUCAUGUGCGGCCGCCGCCACUGCCUUUGAGUGCGGGCUCUUGGCAGAUGCCUUCUAUGCCCAUGGAUAUGACCUCAGCUUCGGUCCUACCAAGACUGCCGCCAUCGUCGUCCCCCGCGGAGCUGGCUCGAGGAAAGCACGCAAGGCCUUGUUUACGUCCAAACCCGCCCUCCCUGUCCUCCGGGAGGAGCAAGGUGCAGCUUCGUUGCCACUUGUCACUGCAUACCGGCAUCUUGGUGUCAAGAUAUCCUCUAGCACCUCUUUAAUGACCGAGCUUCGGCAUCGAGCAUCCCACGCCUGGUCGGCCUUCCAGCAAGGCCGUACCAAGGUUUUUCGCACGGGGCGGAUCUCUGUCCAUAAACGAGGAGCACUUUUGUCCACACAUGUGAUGACCAAGCUCCUGUUUGCUGCAGGGGCGUGGCCGGCCUUGAGUAAGGGCGAACACGCCUUCUUCUUUCGCACCGUGCUCUCUCUCUACCGCCAGACUCUUGCCGUCCCCCAUGACGGUGAUCAGCAUCUCACACAUGCGACAAUCUGUGCGCUCAUCGGGCAGCCCCCACCUGAGGUUCUGCUGCUCACAGAGCGUGCUCGCUACGUCCUCCAACUGCUUAACGCAGCCCCUGUGCAGCUUUGGGCUUUGGUCCGUAGGGAUGCGGAUUAUGUGAUGCACCUUCGGGGCGCGUUGCUCUGGGUCUUCCACUGGGUCCAUGCUACGUCUGAUCUUGGCCACCCCGACGAACACUGGACGUCUUGGGAGCACACCAUGCGUUCCCGCCCACACGUGUUCAAAGCCCUCAUUAAGCGUGCCCGAGGCCUUGAAAUUGUGCGCACUGCUUGCUUCGCGGCUUUUCAAGCUGUCCGCCGCACCCUCGGCCAGCUUACUGACAGUGACCCCCCACCCGCACCCCAUGGUGUGCGCUACCAGGAGGCGUGCCUCCAAUGCAAAAUUGCAUUCCCCAGCCGCACGGCUUGGGCCUGCCAUGCUUCACGGCUGCAUGCUUACAGGGCGUCUUCCACUGUUCUUGCUGCUGGCUGCGACCGCCCCCUCUGCCAGUCUUGUGGACGCCUCUAUGCGAACUUCGGCCGCCUCAAGAGGCAUCUUGCCUCUUCUGCUGUGUGUCGCACAAGGUGGGGUGCUUUUACGCCUUCCGCGCAAGCUCCCAAGGAGGCUCACCCUGAAGCACCACCCAGCUUCCUCCCAGGGAACCUCUCAGACUUCUCUGCUUGCCUUGACCCUUCUAAGGUUCAUCCUGGCCUCCUCCGUGAGCUGCAAGGGCUCACUUCUCUGCUUGCCGAGGAAGUUUGGGAGGCUGUCCGAGGGUAUGUCGAGCCCCUCUCCAUGCUUAAGGACACCCUCGAGGAAUGGUCGCGACAGCCAGGAGACGGACAGGACCCUUCGACCACUGCUGAGGUUGCUAGUGAUGUCGGACUUCUGCUCGACCCAGAGCUCUGGUGCGAGGAAUUUCGAGCCCCGAAGCAGCCGCCGAUGCCUGCAGUGGCCUGUCCCCCCUUCGACGACUUUUGUCCUCACCCCUUGCCCUUCGUGCUUUCCGGUGCUGAACACGUCGUCGACAUUGACGAUCCCCCACUUCGAGCCUGGGUGUAUCCCUUCGGUGCCAGCGUUCCUCUCGCUUCGGCCCGACGACAACUCGCUUGGGUUGAAGGGGUGUGUGACGUCAUUGGACUUACCUUGCAGAUCUCUCGCGCCAGUCCCGUGCGAAUCCGGCUGUCCCCUGCUGCCGCCUCUUGUCUCUUCCCGCGCGUCCUCUGGACCCAUGCCUACCAGAAAGAAAGAAAGUGUGAGCUUGCGCUGAAGUUCCUGGAUGCCCUGGAUGCUUUGGGCUUGCCCAAAUUCCCUUCCUACGGAGCACACUCUUACUUCGGCCGCUUUGCCAGAUGGGCCCUGAGGGAGUUCUUGUCCGAAGCGGCGUCGGCUGUGGACCAGGCCACGGCGACUCCGGCGCACAUCCUCGAAAGACUCGGUGUCUGCAUCCCCAUGAUGGAGGCAGCCCCAUCGGAGAAGAGCCCUUCACAUGUCAUGCUGAGCCCUUGUGCUGGCUUGCUUCCGGCCGGUCACGGCUUUCAGCGUGGCGAUUGGUUGCUUUGCACCUUCCCGCCGACGGGGACACCUGGCAUCAGCGUCACCACCCGGGGCGACGUGAGCGUCGAAGCCGAGGUCGUGAACAUCACGCCGCCCCCAGGGCAAGGCAUUCUGGUGAGGAUGGUGGGUGAGCUCGGGAAGAACGCAGGUGAAAAGUUCAACAAGAAGACCUGCCGCGUGGAUCGCGUGGCCAACCAUGUCACUUUGGGCCGCCAGCUGAGUGCCCUUGUAACUCUUGGUGGCUCCACGGGAGAGAAGAAGCCUGAGCCCCCAGCGGAGGGCGGUAAGAAAGGGAAGAAGGGCAAGAGCAAGGAGUCCAACUCUCCUGCGUGGCUGAAGGACUUGCUCCUGGCCGCAGACAACGGGCUCAUGGGCCGCGAGGCGGGCCUUGCCGCCGUGGAGUUCCAGGGCGCCGGCAUCUCUCACCACUCCCCGCUGGUCAAGGAGUGCAACGACUCUCAAAGAGAGGCCUUGCUGGCUGCCGGAUGCAGGCGGCUGACUCUCAUCCAGGGCCCGCCGGGUGCCGGGAAGACGACGACCGCGCUGCUGCUCGUUCGCGGCUGGACGGCUGCACGGCGUGGGCCUGUGCUUUGCUGCGCAGACAGCAACAUCGCCGUGGACAACUUGACGGCCGGCUGUGCGAAAGCGGGGCUCAGGGUCGUUCGUAUUGGUCGGCCGGAGGCGACGCGCUACGACCUGGAGAAGUUCAACCUCCUUGAGAUGGUGAAGGAUGCCAAAGCGCAAGAUCCAAAUGCGGAGGACAGGGGUCACUUCGCUCAUCAGAGGGCCAUUCUGGAAGAUGCAGAGGUUGUCUGCAGUACCUGUGCCGGUGCAGAUCAUCCGGUGUUACAAGGCAAGGAGUUUGGAUGUGUUCUUAUUGAUGAAGCUGGGCAGACAACAGAGCUGGCUGUCCUGGUUCCUCUGAUGAAGAUGCGAGCUGAUGGUGUGGUCACCCUUGUGGGUGACCACCGACAGCUGCCUCCGACCAUCAGCAACGUCGAUGUAGAUGUCGAGGGUCUGGGGACGUCCCUUUUCGAGCGCCUAUCGUCCCAUGGGGUUGAGCCUUUCAUGCUGGACGUACAGUACCGAAUGCAUCCUGCAAUUGCAGCAUUCCCUGCUGUGGCCAGCUACAAUGGCAAACUGCGUUCUGGAGUUUCCGGUGCCAUGAGAAAAGCUCCACAAGGCAUCGCCUGGCCUUUGCCAGAGGCUCCGGUCACCUUCCUGCCUGUUGAGGGCAAGGAAAAGUCUGAAGGAACUUCCUGGUUCAACGAGACCGAAGUGGAAGCUGUUGAGGCGCUUCUGGGCAGCGCACUCGCCUGGAACGACAUUGCACCCACCGAGAUUGGCGUCAUCACGCCCUACGCAGCGCAGGCCCGGCUGAUCCGCCGUCGCUUGGGCUGUCCUCCGCCGGGCAAGAGGGCGGCUGCAGGGGCCGUGGGCGUCGCUUUGGUGGAGGUGAGCAGCGUCGAUGGGUUCCAGGGGCGUGAGAAGGACCUGAUCAUCGUCUCCACCGUCAGGGCCAACACCAGUGGCAAAGUGGGCUUCCUGGGCGACCCGAGGCGAUUGAACGUCACGAUCACCCGCUCUCGCAGGGGCCUCGUGGUGGUGGGCCACUUCGACACCCUGUCAGCGGACGAGCACACCUGGAGACCCUGGCUGACAUGGGCGCAGGAGCGCGGUCUCGUUGCUGGAUGCGAAGCCAGCAACCCAACAGCGGUCGGAGCCCUGAAGCAGUUGGAACUUCUGACGGAGGAUCAGCUUCUGAAAGCGCUCGAUGCGACGUACACGACGCAGAAGCAGUGCCCGCUGACCCCCCACAAGCUGGAGUCGCCCUCCGGCCAGCUGAGGAUGCAGUUCAUUUUCUUGUACUACGACCAGAACCGCAACGGCCGCUUGGAGGUGGAGGAGGUCGCAAAGAUGAUCGAGCACAUCCAGCAGCUGCGGGGGGAGAGCCAUUCCGAUGCCCUCGCCAACGCCAAAGCCCUCGUUUCCUACUACUCAGCGUCCUUCGGCUCCUUCGGCUUUGCAGCCUUCUACGAUGCGGCGCAGAACAGGAUGCUGAAUGGAACAUCGCCGCUGCUGCGCACGCAGCAGGAUCUCCUUGAAGUCAUGAAGCAGCACUCGCAGAGAUCACCGGCAGGGUCGGAUGAGCUCGCGUCGCUCUCUUCUCUUGCCGGCCCCACGCCGGCAAAGGCGGGUGGCACCAGCAACGGCAGCAUGCCCUCGCUGCCUUCGAAAGCCGUGGCCACCAGAUCGCAGCGAGGAGCCUCAAGCGAGUGGCGCUGGGGCGAACAAGGUGGGGUGCAGGCCCUGGCGCUCCGCGUGGUGAGGAGUUUGAUGGACAUGUCCAACGAGAAGAACCAGCCCAUGGCUGAAUGGAGGUAUAACCUUCAACUUGUCAGCACGCGCGAGUUCUACCUCCUGUGCGACACUGUGGUGGAGCUCCUCCGACAGGAAGAUUCCUUGGUGGAGGUGCGCUUUCCUUGUCGAGUCUACGGAGACAUCCAUGGGCAGCUACUGGACCUCUUGGAGUUCUUCAACGCCUUCUCCUGGCCAGACAAGCGGCGUGGAGACAUCUUCUCGAUGAACUAUGUGUUCUUGGGCGACUUCGUCGACAGGGGCGCCUAUUCGUGCGAUGUGGUUUCCCUGCUCUUUUCGCUGAAGAUCCUGUAUCCCCAACGGGUCUUCCUGAUCCGAGGGAACCACGAGGACCGGCUGAUGAACGUGAACUACGGCUUCCACGCCGACUGCACCAGGAAGUUCGGAAGGGAUGGCGAUGGCAUCUGGGAGCGUGUCAAUGACGUCUUCGAGUUCCUUCCCAUCGCAGCGCUGGUGGAAGGAGCGAUCCUUUGCAUCCACGGCGGCAUCGGGGACUCCAUCACCCAGUUGGACGACCUGCGCGGGAUCCCGAAGCCCAUUCAGGUCGUCGGCGAAAUCAACGAAAGGACCACCCGUCGAGACCGAAUGGUGCUGGAUGCGCUCUGGUCGGAUCCGACGGACAACGACCAGGUCCUCGGCGUUCAUGUCUCCCCAAGGGGCAAGAACACCUGUCGCUUCGGCCCGGAUCGCGUGCAGGACUUCAACCGCCGGAACUCGUUGAAGCUGAUCAUCCGCGCGCAUGAGUGUGUCCAGCACGGCUACGAGUACUUUGCCGGUGGUCAGCUGCUGACCGUCUUCUCAGCCACCAACUACUGCAAUCAGCACGACAACGAUGGAGCGAUGGUCGUUCUGGUGAAGGAUGACCGUACAGGAGAGGUGGUCGAACAUGCUCAGGUCAUCAAGAGUGGCACGGUGGACACCUCCUAUGGCUGGAACGACCAGCAGUUUCGAGCGCCCUCACCGAUGCGGCGAACGGGGCAUGGGCACUGA